AUGGCAAGUCUACUAGACGCAUCGCAAAUUUAUCUGGUUUUGGCUUGCGCUUUUCUACUGAUUGUAGCAACAACUGCAUCAUUUAGAGCGACAAAACAGGGUAGUGCCGACACCUGGGGUGAUUCAGACGUGAUAUUCAAGCAGCCUCUUACUGAAGCCACCGACUGGUUUCUCACGGAGCAAGAGAUAACGGUCUCACGCGGCGGGGAACCCCGAACUGAUCUUUCUGUCUACACAACGGGAAAUGCUAUUCGGUCCUUUACGAUUACGAAUGAAUUUUACGAUUCAGUUUACGACGACCUCACAGCAGUAGGAGAAGGUCAGCUCGUUUGGAUGACGAGUUGGGACUUCAAGCUUGUUCCACUUAAACCCGACGAAGAUGUUACAGGUGCCACCACGGGAGUGGGCACUGUGUUUGCAGGCGUUGUCGAGCGGGGAUGUGAACUCAACAUCCUCUGUUGGUUCAAUAUCUUGAAGCGGGAUAAUAAUAUUAAGGCGCGUGAUUUCAUCAAUUCCCUUCGUCCAUCCCCGGUCAACGGAGUUCGUGGGACAUUCAUCUUUGAUGAUCGUCUGCGCGCUAUUUCAUCGUCUCACCACCAAAAGACAAUAAUCAUUGCAGAUAGAAGUUCUUCCGAUCCCGAUGGGCAUCCGGUUGCCUACGUGGGAGGAAUUGACCUUACUAAUGAUCGUUGGGAUACCAUUUAUCAUAACAACUCGGCGCUUCGAGAUGCUUCUGGUAUCACCUUCCAUAACAAAGGCUGGAUAGACGGGGGAAUUCGUAUACAUGGUCCUGCAGCCAAAGACGUCGCCAACAACUUCCUUGCUCGUUGGAACUCCGACUACAAGCCGAACAAAAGCUUGAAAGAUGACAUGCUUGACUCUGAAAAUCCGAGUUUCGACAAAAUUGAUCCGCUUAACUAUGCUAGCAGUUCCGUGAGCUCAAACCUUGACGCGCAUAGCGUGCAGAUUGUCCGAACCUUCAGCUGCAAGUACAAGCACUACAAAGAGUUUGCUCCGCAUGGCGAACUAUCACUAUUUCAGGCGCGUAUUAAGGCUAUCAAGAAUGCCAAAAACUUCAUUUACAUCGAAGACCAAUAUUUUGUGCUCGUACCUAAACUGCUCGACGCCCUCGAGGAGGUGAUGCCAAGACUGUAUAAAGUGAUAGUGGUUGCCAAUGCCCCUGUGGGUAAUGUCGCAUACACUGGCUACCAAAAAUACUUUUACGACAUGGUGUCGCCUCUUAAGAAGAAGUAUCCAGACAAGUUGAAGGUGUACACUACAAAACUUGACUUGAAAAUCUACAUUCACAGCAAGAUCGUUAUUAUUGACGACGUAUACCUAUCUAUUGGAUCCGCCAACUGGAAUCGACGUAGUAUGACGUCAGAUUCGGAGCUUAACGCGAAUGUUGUGGACAAACGCAUUAUUAAGUCGCCUGAAGGGAUCACGGUCAACACGUUAGCACGUAACUUUCGUAUCCGCAAGUUUCAUGAGCUGACGGGUGUGAGCCUUAAUGAGCUUAACACGAUGACGUUUCCUGAGGCCGCAAACCAGUUUGAUGCCGCUGCCGCAGACAACUCGUCGCUUUUGCAAACACUAGAGGCUCAUUAUAACUUGUACUACAUUGCUUUUCCUGACUUCAUCCGCCAGCAAUUCGAUCCACAAGACACGUGCUCUUAA